UUCAGUUCCAAGAUUAUAAAUCAUGGUUUAUUGGAGAGACUUUUUGAAGAACACCAGCAUUCAAGGUUUAAUAUAUUGCUUCUACAGAAGACGUUCCAACCUCGAAUGGUUAUUUUGGAUUUGUGCGUUUCUGGUAUGCGUUAUAUCAUCUCUCGUGGUGCUCAUAGAUAUGAUCAAUUUGUACCAUGUUCAACCCAUUCAUAAUGUUGUGAAUAAAAAUAAUUAUCCGGUAAAUGCAAUACCUGCCCCGGCAAUAACAAUCUGCCUAAAGCCUGCUUUUGAUAUGAAUUUUGAUAUAUGUUCCUGGUAUUAUAAACAAGAAAGUGAAUACACGAAAUUGGACAAUCUAAAAAAAUAUAUCUUACACAUGAUGAAUCCAGAAGAAAAUGAAGUCGAAAUAAAUGUAGAUUAUUUCGAUACUAAUGAAUUCAUUUUAUUUACCAGAUUGGGCAGCGUAAAUUUAAUAAAAAGUAUCGAAUGCACCUUGGAUUUGUGGAAGCAGCCCUGUUUCAAAAGCUGGCAGACAAUUUUAACGCCUAAUGGAAUGUGCAUUUCAUACAACAUGGUCGCUUUGGAAGAUUUGUACAGGGAGGACGUUACAAUACCUUAUUUGGGUGCCAACGAAAACCUAAGAGUUCAAAACUACGAUGGUCAAAGUUCAGUGUACAAAACAAAACAUACAGGAAGAGAAAAAUUCGGCAAGUAA